UCCCCCCAUAUUAUAUACAUAAACACACACACACAGAUAUAUAUCUGCAUUUGUAAAUUUUUUUGAGUUGGGAGUUUUCAUCAAUUAUCCAUAUAUGAAAAACCAAGUUGAUGAAAUGAGCAUUCCCCAUUUGUUCAAAUGCCCAAUCAGUCUGGACUUGUUCAAAGACCCAGUCAUUCUUUGCACAGGCCAAACGUACGACAGGUCGAGCAUCGAAAAAUGGCUGUCCGCAGGUAAUCUCACAUGUCCUGUCACAAUGCAGAAUCUUCACGAUCCAUCCAUGGUGCCGAAUCACACUCUUCGUCAUUUCAUCAAUCAGUGGCUGCAGAUGGGCAACCAAUUUGAUCCUCAUUACUUGCAAACAAUUGAUUCUUUAUCUUCACUCAAACGUGGCCUCGAAUCUAGUGAUGUGGGUACCUUGGAGAGCAAGGUUCAAGCGCUCGAGAAGAUUCGAGCUUUUUCCCAGCUAGAAUCGCCAUCGAGAAAUAAUUUGCUGCUCCAGUUGGGAUUCCUACCUUUACUAUUGGAACUUGUGCUUGGAGGAGGACAAGCCGAACUGAAACAGAAACUCCGCAAGCAGUGGUACCACUAUAUAGAGUUUGUGGAGCAAGCGCUUUGUUGCAUCGUAGCAUUGCUGUCUCUCGGCGAAUUGGAGUCGCUCAAUAUGCUUAGAGAAGAGAGUAAAUUAGCAGCCUUCCAAGAUUUAUUCGCGCACGGGACCACCUUGAUCAGGAUGAGUUUGUGCCGGCUCAUAGAGGCAGCAUCAACGUCUCCAGAGACAAAAGGAGUGUGUUCUAUGUUGGGAAAGAACAGCGAACUCUUGCAUCAGUUAUUGGCUCAGCUGCUUCACCAGAACUCAAAUUCGGAGGAUGGAGAUGCUGCAAUUAAAGCUGUAUCAGCAUUUUCUUCACUCGAAGAGAACAGAGAGUUUCUGGUCGAACAAGGCACAGUGGAUGGACUCAUUUCAUACAUAAUUUCUAGCACAGAAAGACAUGAAAAAUCCUUGGCACCGUUGGCAAUGGCCACACUGGAGAAGCUUUUAGGACUAGAGAGUGCAAGAGAGGCAGUGACUAGUAAUCCGAACGGCAUUCAAGCUCUUCUUAAGAUGGUUUUUAGGGUAUCAGAUGAUCAUGGAGGCAGUGAGAGUGCCGUUGGCUCGCUCAUAAUUCUAUGCAACGACUCUUUGCUGGCACGAGAAGAAGCAAUUAGUGGCGGAGUGUUGACUCAGUUGCUAUUGCUUCUUCAGAGCCAGUGCAGUGGUGGUACCAAAACAAAGGCGAGAAAGCUGCUCAAGCUCCUCAGAAUUAAGUGGUCUCAGGAAGCAAACCAGCUUCUGUAGCUUCUGUAUUACUUGGUCUCCAUCUCCAUGUGCAGACAUUAAACUAUCAAAGUACCAAUAUGUGUAAUUCAUAAAGCAUGGAGACUAAUGCAAAUGAUUCUCUGUUAUUCCUUCUUGAAUUAAGUUUUCUUUUAGUGUUCAUAUUUUUAUGCUGUUUAGGGAAGUCUUUCGUAAUAAUAUUAUUUUGAUUAUUGAUC